UUACAGUAAAAACAGGAGGUGAAACAUGCAGAGUUUGGUCUUAUUUGCCUCAGUACUGGUUGCUGUGUUUGGUAUUACUUUUGCCCAAAACAACAACUACACAGAGGAAUAUAACUGGAAUGGCACACUAAGUGUUCCUGUAGAUGGAAGACAGGCCAUUGAAAGUGGUAAAAUUUAUGUUCAGCUGCCAAAUGGUUCCACUCCAAUUGAUAUUAGAGUACGUGAGAAUGUUAGUGUGACACUGGAUUGUGGCCAUUUGGUAACGCCAAGUCUUGAAAGACGCAAUUUGAAUGCAAUAUGGAAGUUGAGAAGAAGGAACUUUGAUGGUGAUCUGGAAUCUGAUGCUAAUCCUCUCACUUUCAUACCAGGGACCCCUAGUAAUGGGAUUGAAAUCUUUGGAAAUAAUGGUGUGUUGCUACGUGUUGCUAAUCCAACACUAGCUUCAAGAAUUGAACGAUCAAGUGUUGGAGAAUUCAUUUGUGAAUACAAUGAUCACAAUAUUUAUAAAGCUGAUAUUAAUAUCAUAGGCUUCCCAGCAAAGAUCAAUCGUGCUGGAAUGUUUCCUUCAAAUUCAAUUAGAAUCGGAACCAAUAUUUGCAUUGACCCACAAUCACCAGUAUUUGAGGUCAGAGUGGUAUGUGCUCAGAUUGGAAGCAUUAAUCCUGAGCCAGUAUCAUCUUACACAUUUAAUAAUCAACCCAUAAAUCAUGCUUAUUUUUUCAUAAGCCAAUUUAUGAAUGAGACUGGAUUAAACAAUAUGAUACAUAUCUACCCUGGACUACUACAAGAGAACAAUAUGCAAGGUUCAUUAAACUGUGUCCUUCAAAAUCGUUUUGGAAAUGAUUCUGAAACAACAAAGAUACUGUCUAGUCCUCCACUAAAUGGGACAAUGACUGUUCAUAAAGGUGAUGGUACUAUUGUUUCUUCUUGCCGACGCAGUGAUAAUGAUCUAUUUGCUUCUUGUGGUGACCCUGCACCAGGCAGUACUGUUGCAUGGUAUGUCAAUAGUAUACUUCAAAGUGGUAAUACAGGGUUUAGACAGAGAGCUACUAUCACCGGUAACUACACUUGUGUCAUAACUAAUGCCUGUGAAUCUAUCACUAACACUAUUUUCAUCGAUGGGCCUCCUACUAUAUGGUCUUCUUCUGGUAUUGUUCCUAAUCCUGGUAGUACCCCAGUCUCUGUGGGCAAGAGGACUUGUAUCUCAAGAAUCGGUGAGGGCUCUUCAGUCAAUCUUGUCUGCAUGCUAGAAUUCAUCAAUGUGCCGGAGUCUAAUACUUCCCGCUUUUGGUACACUCCUGAAGGAGCCUAUGUAAAUGGUACUUAUGUUGUGGCCAGGUCUAUUGGAGACUAUACUUGCACUGCUAGUAAUAUGUGUGGAAGUAGUCAGGCAACAACUGAAGUUCUUG